AUGGCACCAAAGGCUGAGAAGAAACCGGCGACGUCGCCGGAGAAAGUACCGUCGACGAUCGCUAAAGAAGGAGUCGUAGAGAAGAAGAAGAAGAAGAAGACGAAGAAAAGUAGCGAAACGUACAAAAUAUACAUAUUCAAGGUUUUAAAGCAAGUUCAUCCUGAUAUCGGGAUCUCAGGUAAGGCGAUGGGGAUUAUGAACAGUUUUAUCAACGAUAUAUUCGAGAAACUUGCUCAGGAAUCAUCUCGUCUUGCUCGUUACAAUAAAAAACCGACGAUUACAUCUCGUGAGAUCCAGACCGCUGUUCGCCUCGUUUUGCCUGGUGAAUUGGCGAAACAUGCUGUUUCUGAAGGUACGAAAGCGGUUACGAAAUUCACUAGCUCGUAAUUUAAUAUGUUAGAUACAUU